AUGGUCAAAAUCGCAAUAGCUGGUGGUACAGGGAGUUUCGCCCGGACGAUUAUCGACGUGCUAGUAGCAACCAAAAAGCAUGAUAUCCUCAUCCUUUCCCGCAAGGAUCCUGCUACCGUGGAAGAUCGACCUAGAGUGACCUGGGCAAAGACUGAUUACACCGACAAAGCCCAGCUCUCCAGCAUUCUUCAUGGUGUACACACCGUCUUCGCAUUCAACAGUCCAGUUGGAGAUCCAGAUAGCAUGGCCCAGAGAAAUGUGAUUGACGCAUCAAUCGCAGCAGGGGUAAAGCGUUUUGCUCCGAAUGAGUGGUCGGGUUCGAAAUUCGAUGAGCUUCCCUGGUAUGGAGAGAAGGCGAAAGUUAGGGCCUACCUCGAAGAGAUCAAUAAAGAAAAUAAGGUCCUCGAGUACACGCUCUUCCAACCAGGAUUGAUAAUUGACUAUUUGGUACCGGAGGGAAAUUUAAAAUACCUCAAAGUCAUGCCGCUAUGGAUCGACUUCCAAGGCCGCCGAGGCAUAACCCUCGCCGAUAAAGAAUGCAUAUACACGUUUACGACUAUUUCUGACAUGGCUAACAUUGUAGCACGAGCAAUUGAGUACGAAGGCGAGUGGCCGGUCGUGGGUGGGAUUCGCGGAACCACGAUGUCGGAUGCCAAGCUAUUGGAAAUCGGGGCCAAAGUUCGAGGUAGAAAGUUCGACAUUAGUUCUCUGCGGGAGGGGGACGUCCGAGCCGACGAUAUUCGUUCCUCGUGGCUUCCACAGUUCAGAGAUCCUAAUAUUCCAGCAGAGCAGGCCGAGCAAUUCGCCAAGCUUGUUACGAAGGGUAGUCUUCUCAGUGGUGUUUCUGAAUCCUGGGUUGUGUCGGAUGUGUGGAAUCGUCUGUUCCCCGACUAUAAAUUCAAAGAUGCAGAGAAGUUUCUUGCGGAACAGUGGGCUGGACAAGCUUAA